UUCUUUUUUUUUUUCCAAGAAAAAUAAUUACUUGUUGAUCAUGGAUAAAGGUUCCGCAGCUGAAAGAAAGAGUAACUUUAAGAAUAAAGAUGCUUUUGGUUCUGACCAAGUCAGAAAUCGCAGACAAAAACACACGGUUGAAAUCAGAAAGCAAAAGCGUGAAGAAAACUUGACUAAACGUCGUAACAUGAACUUUCCCAGCGCGUCCAUGUCUGAUAGCGAGGAUGAAAUUGACGUAGAAGGUGAAAUGAACUUGAAUACCACUUUAAUGACUUUGAUUAAUGAUAUCAGCACAAAUGAUGUUGAAAAACAAUAUGAUGCCACUACCAAGUUUAGAAAAUUGCUUUCCAAGGAAAAGAACCCUCCUAUUAAAGAAGUGAUUAAUACUGGUGUUGUUCCUAAAUUUGUUGAAUUCUUGAGAUCAUCCCAUGCACUGUUACAGUUUGAAGCUGCAUGGGCUUUGACCAACAUUGCCUCUGGUUCUUCUGAUCAAACUCAAGUUGUGAUCACUGCUGGUGCUGUGCCUAUCUUUAUUGAGUUACUUAGCAGCAAUGUGCCUGAUGUAAAAGAACAAGCUGUUUGGGCCUUGGGCAAUAUUGCUGGUGAUAGUGCUGUUUGUCGUGACUAUGUAUUGGAACAAGGUGCAUUGGGUCCUCUCUUGACCAUCUUGAACGAACAGCACAAAUUGAGUAUGCUUCGUAACGCAACUUGGACACUCUCCAACUUGUGUCGUGGUAAGAACCCUCAACCUGUCUGGGGAAUGGUUGUGCCUGCCCUCCCUGUCCUUGCCAAACUGAUCUAUUCUACUGAUGAAGAAGUCUUGAUUGAUGCCUGUUGGGCCAUUUCUUACUUGUCUGAUGGCAACAAUGACCGUAUUCAAGCCGUGAUUGAAUCUGGUGUCUGUCGUCGCCUUGUCGAACUCUUAAUGUAUCCUUCCACGAGUGUUCAAACACCUGCUCUUCGUUCUGUUGGUAACAUUGUCACUGGUGAUGAUUUACAGACACAAGUCAUCAUCAACUGUGGUGUCCUUCCUGCCCUUAGUUCUCUUUUGGCAAGCGAUAAAGAAGCUAUUCGUAAAGAAGCUUGUUGGACUAUUUCUAACAUUACUGCUGGUAAUACUGUCCAAAUUGAUGCUGUUAUUGAGAACAACCUUAUUCCUCCUCUUGUGCAUAUCUUAACCCAUGCUGAUUUCAAGACGCGUAAAGAAGCCUGUUGGGCCAUUGUCAAUGCUACUUCAGGUGGUCUCAAUAAGCCUACACAAAUUCAAUACCUUGUUGAAUGUGGUGUUAUCAGUCCUCUUUGUAAAGUGUUAUUAGGUAUGGACAACAAGAUUGUACAAGUUGCUUUAGAUGGUUUAGAGAACAUCCUCAAGGUGGGUGAACAAAACCGUCCCAAUGACCCUGAAGGUGUCAACCGUUAUGCUCUUUAUAUUGAAGAAUGUGGUGGUAUGGAAGUCAUCCAUCAAUUGCAAACACACGAAAAUGAAGAAGUCUAUAAAAAGGCCUAUCAUAUUAUCGAUAACUACUUUAAUGAAGAAGACACUGAAGAAAUGGCUGAUGAAAUGCACCCUCAAUCCUUUAGCUUCCAAUCUAAUGUUGAUGUUCCUCAAGGUGGUUUUGAUUUCGGCUCUUAAAUCUAUACUUUUAUACACAUGAAUAAUCUUUUCUUUUAUCUUAAAAAGAUGUACAUUUUCUCUUCUUUUUCUUUGGCUGCAAAAUUCUCUUUUUUUUUUUUUUUUUUUCUUUCUAC